AUGUCCCCACCUUGUCUUUGGUAUUGGUAUCUGCUCAUCUUACUGACUUUUGGGGAGUUGGAUGGUGAAACUGGAGACCUGGAGGUGCAGAGACAAGCAAGAAAUGCUAACCUUCAACAGCCACGCAUGACCACGGAGAGGGGGAAUUUAGUAUUCCUUACUGGGGCCUCUCAAAACAUUGAAUUUAGAACUGGAUCCCUGGGGAAAAUUAAAUUGAAUAACGAAGACCUUGGCGAUUGUUUACUUCAGAUCCAGAAAAACAAAGAUGAUAUUACAGAUUUAAAAGGCAGUGGCAUUGGUCUGCCACCGAACAUUUCUAACCAAAUCCAUCAGCUGAAUUCCAAGCUUGCUGAUCUAGAGCGGACAGUCCAGAGUUUGCAGCAGACAGUGGAGCGGAAGGUGUGUGGCAGCAACCCCUGCCAACAUGGUGGCACUUGCCUUAACCUGCACGAUUCCUUUUACUGCCUCUGCCCCCACAACUGGCAGGGUCCUCUGUGCGCCACGGAUGUGAACGAAUGUGAGAUCUAUUCAGGAACCACCCGGGGCUGUCAGAACGGAGCCACGUGUCUGAACACCGCAGGGAGUUACAGUUGCCACUGCUCUCCCGAAUACUACGGUCCUGGGUGUACAUCCAAGUACAAUGACUGUGAAAGAGGUUCCAGAGAGCUCUGUGUCCAUGGCAUCUGUGAGGACCUCAUCCGACAGAAGGCUGACGAGCCCAAGUACAGCUGCAUCUGUGAGGUGGGGUGGACAACCCCAUCAGGCAGCUCGGCCUGCACAGAGGACAUCAAUGAGUGCCAGCUCCCCGCUGUGCCAUGCUCACCUCUGGUUCAGUGCUUCAAUACCCCGGGUUCAUUCUACUGUGGGGCCUGCCCCUCAGGCUGGCAAGGAAAUGGAUACAAUUGCCAAGAUAUCGAUGAAUGUGCGAUCAAUAAUGGUGGCUGCUCCAUGGCCCCAAUGGUUGAGUGUGUGAAUACUGAGGGAUCUUACCACUGUGGGUCAUGCCCACCAGGGUACCAGGGCAAUGGAAGAGUCUGCACCCUGAUUGACCUCUGUUCAGUAAACAAUGGAGGCUGCCAUCCACAGGCAUCCUGCUCUUCAGUGCUUGGUUCCUUACCUCUUUGCACCUGUCCCCCUGGAUAUACCGGAAAUGGUUAUGGGCCCAAUGGAUGCCUGAAGCUCAGUGACCUUUGCCUAAGUCAUCCCUGUUUACAUGGACAAUGCACCGAAACAGUGUCUGGUUAUAUCUGUAAGUGCUAUCCAGGCUGGGCUGGUGUGAAUUGCACAGAAAACAUCAACGAGUGCCUGAGCAACCCCUGUUUGAAUGGGGGGACCUGUGUUGAUGGAACUAAUGGCUUUAGUUGUGAAUGCACACGUUUCUGGACUGGAACUUUCUGUCAGACUCCCCAGCAAGUUUGUGGAGGGUCACUCUCAGGGAUGAAUGGAAGCUUCAGCUACAGGAGCCCUGAAGUGGGUUAUGUUCAUGACGUUAGCUGCUUCUGGGUUGUUCGCACCGAGGAAGGAAAGGUGCUGCGGAUUACUUUCACCUUUUUCCAGUUGGAAUCUGUGACCAACUGUCCACACGAGUUUCUUCAGGUCCAUGACGGGGAGUCCUCGGCAGCCUUCCAGCUGGGAAGGUUCUGUGGCUCCGAACUCCCCCAGAGCCUCCUCAGCAGCGACCAUGCUCUCUACUUCCACUUCUAUUCUGAGCAUUUAAGAAAUGGGAGAGGCUUUACUGUACGGUGGGAGACACAGCCUCCAGAGUGUGGAGAUUUACUGACUGGUACUUAUGGUUCCAUCAAAUCUCCGGGCUAUCCUGGAAACUACCCCCCAGGAAGAGAUUGCGUUUGGAAUAUCAUAACUCCUCCUGGCAUGCUGAUAACAUUUACUUUUGGAACCUUGAGUCUGGAACACCAGGAUGAUUGCAGCAAAGAUUAUCUCGAGAUUCGAGAUGGUCCCUUGCAGCAAGAUCUUGUCUUGGGGAAAUUCUGUACCACCCUCUCUGUGCCUCCACUUCAAACUCCGGGACCCUUCGCCAGAGUCCAUUUCCAUUCUGACAGCCAGAUUAAUGACCUUGGCUUCCACAUCACCUAUUUAACAUCACCAAGUGAUCUGCAUUGUGGAGGGAAUUACAGUGACCCAGAGGGUCUUCUCUCUCUGGAUCUGCCUGGACCAUUCACUCAAAACAGACAGUGCAUCUAUAUUAUCAAUCAGCCCCCAGGAGAAAAAGUACAGAUCAACUUCACCCAGGUGGAACUGGAGAGCCAACCUGGUGCUUCUCAGUGUCACCUCGAGGUUAGAGAUCGUCAAACCUUACUUGGGAAAGUUUGUGGCAAUGAAACCGUCUCUCAUAUUCAGUCAAUUACUAACAGUAUCUGGAUCAGAUUGAGACUUGAUGCUUCUAUGGUUAAAGUGAGCUUUAGAGCUGCAUAUCAAGUUGCAUGUGGGGGUGAAUUGACUGGAGAAGGGAUUAUCCGCUCUCCCUUUUACCCUGCUGUGUAUCCCAAAGAGAGAAUCUGCCGGUGGAGCAUUCGACAACCCCAAGGCCAAGUUGUUCUCCUCAACUUCACUGGCUUUGAAAUUGGACCAUCUACCCACUGUGACAAGGACUAUAUUGAGAUUGGUAGCAGUUCCAUCUUGGGUUCUCCUGAAAAUAAUAAGUAUUGUGGUACAGACAUGCCUUCAUUCAUAACGUCCACGUACAAUUUUCUCUAUGUGACAUUUGUGAAAAGUUCUUCCACUGAAAACCAUGGUUUCAUGGCUAAAUUCAAUACUGCAGAUUUGGUAUGUGGACAAGUUCUUACAGAGUCAACAGGAGUCAUUCAGAGUCCUGGCCACCCAAAUUUCUAUCCCCAUGGUGUCAACUGUUCCUGGCAUAUACAAGCCCAACCUGGCUACCUGAUUCAUUUGACGUUUGAGAUGUUUCACCUGGAGUUUCAUUAUAAUUGCACAAAGGAUUAUCUGGAAGUCUAUGACACUGGUUCUCAGACAUCUCUUGGGAGAUACUGUGGAAAAUCAGUCCCUCCCUCUCUUACCAGCAUUACCAACUCUUUAGAACUCAAAUUCGCGGCAGAUGCUGAUCUUGCUUAUGAAGGCUUUUUAAUAAACUAUGAAACAAUGAACUCAUCUUCAGUGUGUUUAAAGAACUAUACUGAUGACUCUGGAGAGUUCACUUCUCCAGGCUUCCCCAGUCUUUAUCCUCCCAACCAGAAAUGCAUUUACAAGAUCAUGGUAGGAACCAGCCAGCAAAUUGCUCUGCACUUCACAAACUUCUCCUUAGAAGAAGCCAUUGGUGGACAGUGUGUAGCUGACUAUGUGGAAAUUAAAGAUGGAGGCUAUGAAAGUUCGCCAUCCUUGGGCAAGUACUGUGGCUCCGAACUGCCUCCCAGAAUCCUGUCUCAUAGUAACAAGCUGUGGUUACAGUUUAGGAGUGAUUCCUUGUUCUCUGGCACUGGGUUCUCGGCUUCCUGGGACAGCUCACUCACGGGUUGUGGGGGAAACCUCUCUACUCCCACUGGCACCUUCACUUCUCCCAACUACCCGAUGCCCUACUACCAUGGCUCCGAGUGCUACUGGAAGCUGCAGGCCAGCCAGGGCAGCCCCUUCCAACUGGAGUUUGAGGACUUCCACCUGGAGAGCCAUCCCAACUGCAGCUUGGAUUACCUGGCAGUGUUUGAUGGCCCGAGCAUCACCUCUCACCUGUUAGCUAAGCUUUGUGGGUCCAAAAAGCCAGCACCCCUGCUUUCCAGUGGAGACAGCAUGUAUAUAAAACUGAGGACAGAUGAAGACCAGCAAGGAGGUGGCUUCCUGGCUAACUAUCGGCAGAUAUGUGAGGAUGUGGUGAUUGUGAAUCAAACCUCUGGCAUCCUGGAGAGUAUCCACUAUCCCAGGCCCUAUGCUCCCAAUGAGCAGUGCAACUGGACCAUUCAAGCAACAACUGGCAACACGGUGAAUUACACAUUUUUAGACUUUGAUUUGGAAAACCACAGCAACUGUUCCACAGACUAUCUAGAGCUCUAUGAUGGCUCUCAGAAGAUAGGGCGCUACUGUGGAACAGAUGGGCCUCCUUCUGGAGGUACCACGGGCUCCAGGCUGCAAGUGCUGUUCCAUACAGAUGGGGUUGGUCACCAUGAAAAAGGAUUCCAGAUGCAGUGGUUUAUCAAUGGCUGUGGUGGCGAGUUGUCGGGACCCACGGGCUCCUUCAGCAGCCCUGGGUACCCGGACACGUACCCCCACAACAAGGAGUGUCUCUGGUCUCUGGAAACGGCACCUGGCAGCAGCAUUCAGCUCGUUAUUCAUGACUUUGAUGUGGAAUAUCACUCCAGAUGCAUAUUUGAUGUCCUGGAGGUCUAUGGAGGCCCUGACCUCCAUUCUCCCAGAAUAGCCCAGCUAUGUACCCGGAGGCCGCCUGGCUCCCCAAUGCAGGUGUCCAGCACGGGCAAUGAGAUGACCAUCCGAUUCAAGGCUGACAGGAGCAUAAACGGCAGAGGCUUUAAUGCCUCGUGGCAGGCGGUUCCUGGAGGUUGUGGUGGGAUUUUGCAGACUCCCAGAGGAGAGAUUCACUCUCCAAAUUAUCCCAGUCCAUAUAGGAGUAAUACUGACUGUUCUUGGGUCAUUCAAGUAGAAAGAAAGCAUCGUGUUUUCUUGAACUUCACUGACCUUGACCUAGAACCUCAGGACUCUUGUAUUAUGGCCUAUGAUGGUUUGAGUUCUGCAACCACCCGUCUUGUCAGUGUGUGCGGGAGACAGCCACUGAACAACCCCAUCUUCUCUUCUGGAAACAGCCUCUUUGUGAGAUUUCAGUCUGGUCCUUCCAGAGAGAGCCGGGGCUUCCGAGCUCAAUUCAUGGAAGCUUGCGGCGGCUACAUCCUUACCAGUUCUGAGGAUACAAUUGCUUCGCCAAUGUACCCUCACAAAUACCUAAACAAUGAGAACUGCAGCUGGACCAUUCAAGCUGAGCCUCCUUUCAACCACAUCACUUUGUCUUUUACUCACUUCAAACUCCCCGGUGAAGUCAACUCCGCAUGUUCAGACUUCGUGGAGGUGUGGGAUGGAGACCAGAGUGAUGCAGCACUUCGAGGUCGCUACUGUGGGGAUUCUAUGCCCCACCCCAUCACUUCCUUCAGCAAUGCCCUGACACUGAAGUUUAUCUCUGAUAAUAGUGUGACGUCUGAAGGCUUCCAAGCUACAUACACACCAUCAUCAUCAGCCUGCGGUGGAAGCUUGUACAUGGCAGAAGGCACCUUCGACAGCCCUGGCUAUCCAGAAGUCUAUCCCUUGAAUGUGGAAUGUGUCUGGAACAUUGUCAGCUCCCCUGGCAACCAGCUCCAGCUGUCAUUUCUAACUUUCCAGUUGGAAGAUUCUCGGGAUUGUCUCAAAGACUUUGUGGAGAUCCGGGCAGGAAAUGCCUCUGGUCCCUUACUGGGGCGAUUUUGUGGGAGCACCCUGCCCCUCAAUUACUCAUCCAUUGUGCAGCACAUCCUGUGGGUCAGAUUCGUCUCAGAUGGCUCAGGCACAGGCGCAGGCUUCCAAGCCACCUUUACUAAAAUAUUUGGCAAUGAUAACAUUGUGGGAACUCAUGGGAAAAUUGCUUCUCCCUUUUGGCCUGGAAGGUACUCCCACAACUCUCAUUAUCAGUGGACAGUGAACGUGAAUGCAUCUCAAGUUAUUCACGGUAGCAUCUUGGAGAUGGAUAUUGAAGAUACAUAUUACUGCUAUUAUGACUCAUUAAAGAUCUAUGAUGGGGAUAGCGUCAACUCCCGCCUAAUUGGAAAAUACUGUGGUACACAGACAGUAUCUUUUCACUCCUCUAGAAAUUCUUUGACAUUUCAGUUUUCUUCUGAUAACUCAAUCUCAGGGAAAGGAUUCCUCUUGGAGUGGUUUGCCAUGAAUGUCUCUGAGAGAGUUUUGCCUACAGUUGCUCCAGGUGCUUGUGGUGGCUUCCUGCAGACCAGAGAAACUCCCACGUUUCUUUUCUCCCCUGGCUGGCCUGAAAGAUAUAAUAAUAAUAUUGACUGCUCCUGGCUUCUCCAGGCUCCUGAUUCUACGAUUGAACUCAAUAUUCUUUCCCUGGACAUUGAAUUUCAAAGAAACUGCAGCUUUGAUAAGCUUGUGAUACUAGACGGAGACAAUAUCCUGGCCCCAAACCUGGCAGUUUUGUGUGGCAGAAACCUCCCAGGUCCUAUCCGGUCUACUGGAGAGUUCAUGCUCAUCCGUUUCGUGUCAGACAUGAGUUCAUCCGGGGCAGGCUUCAACGCAUCUGUUCACAAGAGUUGUGGUGGUUACCUCCAUGCAAACAGGGGAAUUAUCACAUCCCCCAAGUAUCCGGAGACCUACACGCCUGACCUCAACUGUUCUUGGCAUGUCCUGGUUCCCAGUGGUUCAACCAUUGCAGUACACUUUGAACAACCCUUCCAGAUUCCAAACAUGGAUUCUUCUUGCAGCCAGGGUGAUUACUUGGUGCUAAAAAAUGGGCCUGAUAUCUACUCUCCACCCUUGGGGCCCCAUGGGGGCAAUGGGCGUUUUUGUGGCGAUCGCCCUUCAUCCACUCUCUUCACCUCAGAUAAUGAAAUGUUUGUUCAGUUCAUUUCUGAUCACACUAAUGGAGGACAAGGAUUUAAAAUCAAAUAUGAGGCCCAGAGUUUAUCCUGUGGAGGCACCAUCUACAUCCAUGAUGAGGAAUCUGCAGGCUACGUGACCUCCCCCAACCACCCCAACAAUUAUCCCCAACACGCUGAUUGCAUCUGGCUCAUCACAGCUCCUCCAGGAAAACUUAUCAAGCUGCAGUUUGAAGAUCAAUUCAGUAUUGAAGUCACACCCAACUGUACAUCCAACUACCUUGAGUUGAGAGAUGGAGCUCUUCCAAAUGCAAGGAUCCUUUCUAAGUCCUGCGGAGAUUCUCUACCCAGUAGCCAGCUGACCUCUGGAGAUGUGCUGUACAUUAGGUUCCGGACUGACAACAGCCUCACACAUGUGGGAUUCAAGGCCAAGUAUUCCAUAGCCCUAUGUGGGGGAACCGUGACAGGACAGAGUGGAGUGAUUGAAACCCUCGGGUAUCCAACGCAGCCAUACGCGAACCACUUAUUUUGUGAAUGGCACCUCGAGGGUCCCCCAGGUCACUACCUCACCAUCCACUUUGAGACCUUUGACCUCCAGGAGUCCUCAGACUGUGAAAAAGAUUUUGUGGAGAUCUGGGAUGGCAGUACCUCUGGAAAUGUGUUGGGUAAAUUCUGUGGAAACGUCAUUCCUGACAGCAUAGGCACUUCUGGCAAUGUCGCACUCAUCCGAUUUGUCACCGAUGAGACUCUGACUGCCUCUGGAUUCAGGCUACGGUUUGAAUCUAGCACAGAAGCAUGUGGUGGGAAUCUUGAGGGCCCUAUUGGCACAUUUACUUCUCCCAACUAUCCAAACCCCAAUCCUCAUUCCCGUACCUGUGAGUGGAGAAUCACCGUGCAGGAAGGCAGGCAGGUCACCCUUACUUUCAACAACCUGAGGCUGGGAACUCAUCCUUCCUGUGACAAUGAGCAUAUAACUGUGUUCAAUGGCAUUAGAUGGAACUCCCCACAGCUGUUUAAACUCUGCAGCAAUGAGAAUGCAAGUGCUGAGAUCAGAGCCUCAGAAAAUACAAUGAGAGUCGUGUACUUCACAGAUGGGUCCAGGUCUUAUGGGGGCUUCAUUGCUUCCUACACAUCCAGUGAGGAUGCAGUGUGUGGUGGGUCUCUGACAAGUUCCCCGGAAGGAAACUUUACCUCUCCUGGCUAUAAUGGAGUCAGUAAUUACUCCAGAAAUCUGAACUGUGAAUGGACGCUCAGCAACCCAAAUCGGGGAAACUCGUCCAUUUACAUCCACUUUGAGACUUUUAACCUAGAGAGCCAUCAAGACUGUCACUUUGAUUUUCUCGAGUUCCGAGUGGAUAAUGCUGAAGGGCCUCUGAUAUGGAAACUUUGUGGACCCUCAAGCCCAGAAAUCCCAUUGGUGAUUCCAUACCCUCAGGUGUGGAUCCAUUUCGUCACCAAUGAGCAGGUAGAACAUAUUGGAUUCCAUGCAGGGUAUUUCUUCACAGACUGUGGUGGGAUCCAGCUAGGAGAGAGUGGAGUGAUCACGAGUCCCAACUACCCAGCUGCUUAUAGCAGUCUGACCCACUGUUCUUGGCUCUUGGAAGCCCCUCAGGGCCAUACGAUUACUCUCACUUUUAGUGAAUUUGACAUUGAAUCCCAUGUAACCUGUGCUUGGGACUCCGUGACUAUCAGGAAUGGGGGAUCCCCUAGUUCCCCCAUAAUAGGACAGUUCUGUGGAAAUUCAAACCCCAGGACAGUCCAGUCUGGCUCCAACCAGCUAGUGGUGAUUUUUAAUUCAGAUCAUUCCGUGCAAAAUGGUGGAUUUCGUGCAACAUGGAACACACAAACUCUAGGUUGUGGAGGGACCCUUCACAUGAACAACGGCACCAUCAGGUCCCCUCACUGGCCUCAGAACUUCCCCGAAAACAGCAGAUGCUCCUGGACUGUCAUUACUCAUGAGAGCCGACACCUGGAAAUCAGCUUCCACCCCAACUUCCGAAUCCCCAGCUCUGACAGCCAGUGUCAGAACAGCUUUGUGAAGGUGUGGGCAGGAACCCAGGAGGCUGACAACGCCCUGUUAGCCACAGGCUGUGGGGACACUGCACCCAGAGUCAUCGUCACCCCAAGAAACGUCUUCACUGCCAUCUUCCAGUCUCAGGAGGAGCAAGCCCAGGGCUUCUCUGCAUCCUUUGUGAGCCGAUGUGGAAGUAAUUUCACUGAUAGUACAGGAAACAUUGUUUCUCCAAACUACCCAAAGCAGUAUGACAACAUGAUGAAUUGCACCUAUAUCAUUAAGGCCAACCGUCAGUCCCUGAUUUCCUUGACUUUUGUAUCAUUUCAUUUGGAAGCUCGCUCGGCCAUCACAGGAACCUGCUCACACGAUGGGCUGCACAUCAUCAGAGGCCUCAGGCUUGCUGCUCCACCCCUUGCAACCUUGUGUGGUAAUGAACUCCCAACUCCCAUAACUCUGUCUGGUCCUGUGAUGCUAAACUUCUACUCAGACGCGCACACCACAGACUUUGGGUUCAAGAUUUCCUACAGAAGGAUGCCCUGUGGGGGUCGGUUCAACUAUACCGUUGGGUACAUCAGGAGCCCGGGCUACUCAUUCUCAGACUACCCCAACAAUGUGCACUGCCAGUACAUCAUUACAGUGAGAGAAGACAGAGUUAUUCAGCUCAAGUUCAUUGACUUUGAUGUGGUGCCCUCUGUCUCCUGCUCCCAAGACUACCUGGCAAUUUAUGAUGGUUCUAGCACAACGGAUCCUCUGCUGGGCCAGUUUUGUGACUCCAAACUCCCACCCAAUAUGAAGAGCAGUGGCAGCUCUUUGCUUCUCGAGUUCCACACAGACCACUUCCAAACAGCGAAAGGAUGGAAGUUCACUUAUCGGCAGACCUUGGGGAUCCAGCAAGGAUGCGGCGGGUUUCUGACGGCUCCGAAUCAGACCUUCUCCUCCCCCAGUACUCAGGCCAGUGGUCACUAUGACAAGAACCUGAACUGUCUAUGGUAUCUGAUGGCUCCCGAAAACAAGCGCAUCAAACUCACCUUCCAGACAUUUGCUCUGGAGGCAGCGACAACUUUGCAGAGAUGCGCUUAUGAUUUUGUCAGGGUGUAUGACGGGGAGAGCCAGGAGGCCCCCAUAGCAGGGACAUUCUGUGGGUCCAGAGUGCCUGCACCUCUUCUCUCUUCUGGAAACUUUCUCACGGUUCAGUUCGUCAGUGACCAGACUUUAGAGAGGGAAGGAUUCCUUGCAAAGUACACCUUUGUAGACCCGCCUUGCGGUGGGACAUACAAUGCAACAUGGACCCCACAAAGUAUUUCAUCACCCAAUUCAUCCAACCCUGAUGUCCCAUUUUCCAUCUGCACGUGGGUCAUUGACGCCCCUCCCCACCAGCAGGUCCAAAUAACUGUUGGGGCUAUAGAGCUGCCCUCUCAGGACUGCGAGCAGAAUUACUUGAAGAUUCAGGAUUCACCAGUGGGCCAUGGACACCCAGGCAUUCAGUUCUGUGGCAGUAACACCUCAGCCAUUCGCACCUUCUACACCUCCCAGCGAACCGCCAUUGUCACUUUCAAAUCUGAUGUUUCCAACCAGAGCUCCGGUGUGGCUUUCACUUACCAGAUUGCAGAUUGCAACCGUGAAUACCACGUGGAAUAUGGCCAACUGCAGAGUCCAGGCUGGCCUGAGAGCUAUAACAAUGACCUGGACUGCACAGUUGUUCUCUCGGCCCCCCAGAACCACACCAUCAGCCUCUUCUUUCAUAUGUUUGUCCUCGAAGACUCCAGCGAAUGCCGGCAGGAUUUCCUAGAGGUGAGAAAUGGCCGGGACAGCAGCGCCCCAUUACUGGGUACCUUUUGCGGAACCCUGUUGCCAAAUCCCAUCUUCUCUCAAACCCACGAGCUGUACCUUCGGUUCAAGAGUGACAGCGCCGGUUCAGGCCUUGGGUACGAUAUUAUCUGGACCUCAUCAUCCUCCGGCUGCGGUGGGACUCUGCUUGGGGACAGCGGCUCUGUGGCCAGUCCUGGCUACCCGGGCCCCUACCCGAACCACACUCACUGCGAGUGGUCUGUGGUGGCCCCUGCCGGGAGGCCCAUCACCGUCCACUUUGCCUUCGUGAGCAUCGACGACCCUGGGGACUGUGCCCAGAACUACCUCCUCCUCCAUGAUGGGCCAAAUGCUCAAGCUCCAUCCUCCGGGCCCUUCUGCGGCACUGACACUAACAUUGCACCCUUUGUGGCCUCUUCGAACCGGAUCUUCAUCAGAUUCCAUGCUGAGUCCGCAGUACACCCCUCUGCCUUCCGGCUCACCUGGGACAGCUGA